AUGAAUCAAAACGUAGAAGUGCAUAUCGAUGGCAUAGUUUUUAGAGUCCCGAAAGGCACCAGAAUCUGGUCCAACAAAACGGUUGCCUUUGAGGAUCAGAUUAUCGUAGCAGGUGCCAACCACGAAGACACCUCUCUUGCUGACGACCAGAUCCACAAGAUCAAAACCACUAAAGAUAAGGAUAUUCCUUCAGCACCUAAAGGAGGAAUAAAUAAAGAAUGA